AUGAUCCUUCCACUUCCCUAACGCAAACGCGUAGGCAGCCGUCCAAUAUCCACGGCCUGCGGGCCAGGCCAUGAUACACAUUCGUAUUCAACGAAGAACGUAACUGGAGAAGCCAAGCACUUAGCUGGUGUCUAGUGCCUCUUCCGGCCGGGGAUCACGUUUUGCGCGACCGAGAGAGGACAUAAAAGUAUACUUCUCCGAGCUAGUAAUAAAGGGCAAAGAAAGACAGGAGAUCGAGAUAGGAAGCAACAGUGCUGCUGGCUCCUGCCUCUGGCCAUGGGCAAUUGCUUUGGCUCCGACGUGCCCGAGGUUGGGGCCGUCAAAGCAAUGGCGCACGCCCAUCACGCGCACCCCCAAGUGGCAAUGGCGAAGCGCGUCAUGGCCGCGCCCAGUCCUGCCCAUCACGCCGCGGUGAGCCAGCAAGGGGUGCCCGGGAAGAAGUCGCCGCCGAGCACGGCCACGACCACGACCACAGGAGGCACCGCCAGCAAGCGCCCCGCUGCGGGUGGCGGAGCCGCGACGAGCGGCGGCGGCGGCGGCGAGCCUAGUCGUCAUCAGCCGGUGGACGGGAGGAUCCUGGAGGUUCCGAACCUCCGGGUGUUCACGUUCGCGGAGCUCAGGGCGGCCACCCGGAACUUCAAGGCGGACACCGUGGUCGGCGAGGGCGGGUUCGGGCGGGUCCACAAGGGCUGGGUCGACGAGCGGACCAUGAGCCCCGCCCGGAACGGCGCCGGCGUGCCCGUCGCCGUCAAGAAGCUCAACCCCGAGAGCUUGCAGGGCGUGCAGGAAUGGCAGUCUGAGGUGAAUUUCCUGGGGAGGCUUUCGCAUCCCAAUCUGGUGAGGCUGCUGGGGUACUGCUGGGAGGACAAGGAGCUCCUGCUGGUGUACGAGUACAUGGCCAAGGGCAGCCUGGAGAACCACCUGUUCAGAAGCGAGCCACGCAAGGGCGGAGCAGCCGUGCACCAGCCGCUGCUGCCGUGGAGCCUCCGGCUGCGCAUCGCCAUCGGCGCCGCCCGCGGGCUCGCCUUCCUCCACUCGUCGGAGAAGCACGUCAUCUACCGGGACUUCAAGGCGUCCAACAUCCUCCUGGACACGCACUUCAACGCCAAGCUCUCCGACUUCGGGCUCGCCAAGGAUGGCCCCGCCGGCGGCAGCAGCCACGUGACGACCCGGGUCAUGGGAACCUACGGGUACGCGGCGCCGGAGUACGUCGCCACGGGCCACCUGUACGUGAAGAGCGACGUGUACGGCUUCGGCGUGGUGCUGCUGGAGAUCCUGACGGGGCUGCGCGCGCUGGACACGGACCGGCCGGCGGCGCAGCACAACCUGGUGGACUGGGCCAAGCCCUACCUGGCGGACCGCAGGAAGCUGGCGCGCCUGGUGGACCCCCGCCUCGAGGGCCAGUACCCGUCGCGGGGCGCGCAGCGCGCGGCGCAGCUCACGCUGCGCUGCCUCGCCGCCGACCACAAGAACCGCCCUUCCAUGCGGGAGGUCGUCGCCGUGCUCGAGGAGAUCGAGUCCAUGUCGUUGUCAUCCAGGGCGGCGGCGCGGUUGGAUGGCUCGGCGUCCCCGCGUCCCCCAACGGCGCGGAACGGGCACAGCCAGCGCCCUGGGUCGGGGUCCAGCUUGGACUGGGCUGGCCCGGCUCCGGCUGGCGGCCACAGUGCCCACCCGUCUGCUAGAGUGACAACAAGAUAGCCACUUGCGUUGGAGCGGUUGAGCUUGAGCGAAACAUUUUUUUUUUCCCUCCUUUCCUGUCGAGCGCGCAAAGAUCCCAAGGUAGAGGCCGUCACGUCCUAUUACUUCUGGUCUCGUAUAUUUGCGGUGUACAGUACCCCCAUCAUGAACAGAACUACAGGAGUGGAGCCUCCAUGGCACCCGUUUUGGUCUUUUGGUUGAGUAAUUGCAUGUCUAUGAUGCAUAGAAAUAGACCACAAGUGAUGGAACUUGGUGUGUGUUAUUAUCUCUACUUUCUAGUGCAAAAUUAAAAGUAGGAGCAUACUACGUACUACUAAUUAAUCACCGGACACGUACGGCACAUCAUGUUUGAUGGAUCGGACAGUCGCUCCAGCUGCUCGUUGUACACGUCGCGCGGCUUCGCGUCCUCUCCGUCUCUACUGCUGCCGCCUUCUCGGCCUCCCGCUAUUUUUAUUGAACUGGAGGGGCUUUUGCCUCUGCAGAAAUUUAUUUAUAAAAGGAGGUUCAGAAAUUACAAGAUACAAGUCUUACAGAAACAGGGAAGCGGGGUUGUUGAGUUAAGAAAAAAAAAAGGAGAUGAAGAAAAUAAGAGCAAGGAGGCAAACUAUUGUAGAUUUUGACACCAUUGAUCAAACAAAAGGCUUAGACUUGUCUUGA